AUGAGUACAUUACCACAAAGUUGUGAAACCCCAGAAAGCAUCAUUAGUUUGGAAAAACUAUCAGCCUUUUCUGAUGAGUAUAAAAGUAGAAGAAGACAACAAAUGCUAAGAUUUUUUGGUGCUAGUAUAUUAACUUUGAUCACCGCAAGACUUGCUUUCCACAAUAUUAAAACACGUAAAUAUGUUCCAACCUUAUUUCAAAACAAUUAUAAAAUUCCACCAUUUUCAUAUCAAAAAGAAUCACUAUCCGCCUUAGCUUACGGUACUUUUUUCAGUGUUGGUGGAUUUGGUAUGCUCAUAUUUGGUGGAUGCUGGAUGGCCAACAUUUCUACAUUACCAGAAUUUUCAUAUAAAUUAAGAUGCGCAUUAUUAGGUGAAGAAGGUAUGAGAGAAUUGUAUGGCAGGGAGCAGACGUUGAAGAUGAAUCCAAUGGACAAAGAUACAAAGGAAAUACUUGAUCUUAUAGAAAACGCCUUUGACUCCUCUAAAAAAAAAUGA